UUUUAUUCAUUUAUUUGUUGUCGUCAUCAGCUCUGUAGCAUGUUUGUUUUUAUUCAUUUAUUUGUUGUCGUCAUCAGCUCUGUAGCAUGUUUGUUUUUAUUUAUUUGUUGUCGUCAUCAGCUCUGUAUCAUGUUUGUUGUUUUUAUUCAUUUGUUUUUGUCGUCAUCAGCUCUGUCAUGUUUGUUGUUUUUAUUUAUUUGUUGUCGUCAUCAGCUCUGUAUCAUGUUUGUUGUUUUUAUUCAUUUAUUCGUUUGUUGUCAUCAUCAGCUCUGUAUCAUGUUUGUUGUUUUUAUUCAUUUAUUCGUUUGUUGUCAUCAUCAGCUCUGUAUCAUGUUUGUUGUUUUUAUUCGUUUGUUGUCGUCAUCAGCUCUGUAUCAUGUUUGUUUUUAUUCGUUUGUUGUCGUCAUCAGCUCUGUAUCAUGUUUGUUGUUUUUAUUCGUUUGUUGUCGUCAUCAGCUCUGUAUCAUGUUUGUUUUUAUUCGUUUGUUGUCGUCAUCAGCUCUGUAUCAUGUUUGUUGUUUUUAUUCAUUUGUUGUCGUCAUCAGCUCUGUAUCAUGUUUGUUGUUUUUCUUCAUUUAUUUGUUUGUCAUCAUCAGCUCUGUAUCAUGUUUGUUUUUAUUCGUUUCUUGUCGUCAUCAGCUCUGUAUCAUGUUUGUUUUUAUUCAUUUGUUGUCGUCAUCAGCUCUGUAUCAUGUUUGUUUUUAUUCAUUUGUUGUCGUCAUCAGCUCUGUAUCAUGUUUGUUGUUUUUAUUGAUUUGUUGUCGUCAUCAGCUCUGUAUCAUGUUUGUUGUUUUUAUUUAUUUGUUGUCGUCAUCAGCUCUGUAUCAUGUUUGUUGUUUUUAUUCAUUUGUUGUCGUCAUCAGCUCUGUAUCAUGUUUGUUUUUUUUCUUCAUUUAUUUGUUUGUUGUCAUCAUCAGCUCUGUAUCAUGUUUGUUUUUAUUCGUUUGUUGUCGUCAUCAGCUCUGUAUCAUUUUUUUUGUUUUUAUUCAUUUGUUGUCGUCAUCAGCUCUGUAUCAUGUUUGUUGUUUUUAUUCAUUUGUUUGUUGUCGUCAUUAGCUCUGUAGCAUGUUUGUUUUUAUUCAUUUAUUUGUUGUCGUCAUCAGCUCUGUAGCAUGUUUGUUUUUAUUUAUUUGUUGUCGUCAUCAGCU